AUGAGAUCGAAUGGACAUUAUAAUGUUAAUGGUGAUGCACAAGGAAUGAAUGUAAAUAACAAUCAUCAUUUACAACAUGAUAUUAUUGUUAAUUCUAAUUAUAUACAUAAAAAAGCAAAUAUAAUGCCAAUUGAUCGAUCGAAAUUUAUGUAUUAUAAUGGGCAACUACUUCCAGUUGAUUAUGUUCUUGUCUAUACACGUUAUCAUUCAAAUCAUUUUCGACGAAGUCAUAAAUUUAAUCGUCAACAUGAUGAAUAUAGACAAUUCUUUCAAGAUCGUCUUAGAAAAUUAGGUUUUAUUAUUGUUGAAGAACGAUUAACUGAUGAAGAAAAUGAUCUUCUAAAUUUACGUCAAGCUGAAACAUCAGCUGAUGUUCCUGAUAAUAAUAGCAAUAGUAAUAAUGAAGAGAAUCAUGUACUUGUUCGUGGUUUAUCAACAUUACAACGACAUGUAUCUGUACGGUUACAAAACAUUAGUUUACAUCUAAAAAAAGAUACACAAGACACUACUCAUAAUAACGAUGGAACAUCAACUGAUGCUAUGAAUGAAGAAGAAGAAGAAGAAGAAUCUAUUCAACUGAAUGAUUCCAGAGAAGAUAAUGAUGAUAAAACUGAAUUAAAACAAAGUAGUCAAACAUUAAAUGAAAAUGGAUUACAACAAGAUGAACGAUAUUUUGUAAAAAUUCAUGCACCAUUUGAAGUACUUCUCGUAUUAGCAGAAAAAUUAAAAGUGAAAUUACCAUUUAGUGAAAAUAAAGCACCAUUAAAACCCGGUUUAUUGGAUCAAGGUUUACCAUGUCAAUUUACUCGUCUCGAUCCAACGGAAUUUCCUAAGCCAUAUAAUGGGAAAACGUAUUUUACUGCUUGCUAUCAAAAAAGUCUUCAUUACAGAUUUUCUGAACAUUUUGGUGAUAUUGAUAAAGUAUUUCGUCCAGCUGAACGAAGUCGUCUUGUAUAUGAAGUUCUUCUUCGUUGUCCAUAUCGAUCACCAGAACUAUUAAUAACUGCGUCGGAGGAAGCAAAAAGUGAAACAUCUGAAAUAGAUUCGGCAUUACCAAAUCAUAAGCCUCAACAAACACAUACAAGUGAUAUACAAACAUUAAAAAUUGAAGAACUUUUUACAUCAAGUACAAGAAGAUCAGGAAUGAAAGAUACAGGAAUUGAAGUAUUACUUGAAGAAAGUGUUUAUGAGGCAGCAUUUCCGUUACAUGAUCAACUUAUUCGUAAGGAAGAUGCCGGUGAACCUGAAACAUGGAAUGAUCGAAUGAAACUAUAUCAUCGUUGGGCAAAAUUUCAAAAUAUAUUUCGUGUUCAACCAAUUCAUGCAAUAAGAGAUUAUUACGGUGAACGUUUAGCAUUUUAUUUCGCUUGGCUUGGAUGGUAUAAUUCGUUAUUAAUGAUACCAUCAAUUCUUGGAAUAUUUGUUCUUUUAUGGGGCCUUCUUUCAGUCAAAUAUGAUAGACCAACACUUGAUAUAUGUAAUUCAACUUCAAGUUAUUUAAUGUGUCCAAAAAUUGAUCGUCAGGCAUAUUGGUUUUUAAAUGAAACUUGUUUCAAUGCAAAAAUGUCUUAUGUUUUUGAUAAUUCAGCAUCCGUUGCUUUUGCUAUAUUAAUCAGUGUAUUUGCUGUAAGUGUUAACUUUCUUUGGCAACGACAAGAGAAUCGACUACAAUUUGAAUGGGAUAUGACGGAUAUUGCUGAGGAAACUGAAACAUUACGACCAGAUUUUGAACGACGCGCUCGAAAGACAGUUAUAAACAAAGUAACAGAUAAACUUGAGCCUUAUGUACCAGCUUAUAAAAGAUUAAUAACUUAUAUAUCAUCAUUUUCAGUUGUAUUGUUUAUGGUAUUACUUGUCUUAGCUGUUGUCGCUGGUAUUGUUGUUUAUCGAUUGAGUGUUUCGGCAGCAUUUAAUUCAAUAGAUCGGGAAAUGUGGAUGUAUCGAUGGAAACCAAUUAUUGUUCCAAUCACUGGAGCAUUAAUCAAUUUAAUUAUAAUAUUAAUUUUACAAUAUUUCUACGAAAUUCUUGCUAUAUGGUUAACAAAUGCUGAAUUACAUCGAACAGAUAAAACUUAUGAAGCAAGUUUAACAAUAAAAAUGUUUUUAUUUCAAUUUGUCAAUUAUUAUGCAAGUAUAUUCUAUAUUGCAUUAAUAAAACCAUUAAUUAUCUAUAAACCAACAUAUCUUGAUCGUCAUUCAACAGCAUUUCGUUUGGAAGAAUGUGAUGUAAGUGGUUGUGUAUGGGAAUUAGCAAUUCAAUUAAUAAUUAUAAUGGUUGGUAAACAGUUAAUAUCAAAUAUAUGGGAAUUUUAUUUUUCCAAAUUAUGGAAUAUGUGUCGUAAACGUAUACAAUUUCGUCAGACAGUACGACAAAUUAAUGAACGUAAUGCAAAAAUGACGCAAAUGCAUAAACAAACUUCAACAAUGAAUUUAAAACGAUCAUAUGAAGAAGAUUUUCUCUUACAACCAUUUGAAUUAACAACAUUAUUUUAUGAAUAUUUAGAAAUAAUUUUACAAUUUGGUUUUGUUACUUUUUUUUGUUUAGCAUUUCCAUUAGCACCAUUAUUUGCUUUAAUUAAUAAUAUAUUUGAAAUACGUAUUGAUGCACUUAAAGUUGUUAAAGAAUUUCGUCGACCAAUGGCACGACGUGCAAUGGGUAUUGGAACAUGGAAUUCAAUAUUGAAUAUUAUGGCUAAAGUAACUGUUUUAUCAAAUGCAUUUUUAAUUGCAAUUACAUCAGAAUAUAUUCCCCGACAAGUUUAUUAUUGGACAAUUGGAAAUCGUUCAUUAAAUGGUUUUCUUAAUCAUACAUUAGCACCAUUUCAUUCAAGUGAUUUUCCAACAAUUAUUAAUCGAACAUUACUUGAAUGUCAAUUUAUUGAAGCACGUUUAUUUGAUUUAUCAAAAAAAUCAGCAUUUUUCUUACCAUUUGCUCAAUCAUAUCAUUUGUUAGAUUUUGACUGUAAUUCACCAUUAGCAAAUGAAAUACGUUCACAAAUUGAUUUUUCAACUUGUUAUUAUAAAGACUACAGACUUGAUCAUACACAUAAUUAUGCACGUUCAUAUAUGUUUUACUAUGUAAUGGUGGCGCGAUUAGCAUUUGUAAUAGUUUUUGAACAUUUUGUAUACUGUAUUCUUUUUCUUGUUCGAAAUUUAAUUUUGCGUGUACCACGUAAUGUACGAGCUCAACUUGAUCGAUGUCGAUAUUUAGUACAACAAAUGUAUUGGGGUGCUGAAUUAUAUGCUCAAAAUCCAAAUUUAAUAAAAAAAGAUGAAAAUCGUGUUCGAGCUGAUGAAGCAGAUCAUGAACAUAAGCGACAAAGUACUCUUCCAACACUUAUGACAACUUCCAAUGAAUUUAGUUUAAAUAAUAAUGCCAGUUUGGAUUUGUGA